UUUGCAAGUAACCUGUGUAAAUUGUAUAAGCGGCGGGAGGGAUGUUUGGAAAACCCAAACAUCGUAUGUUGAUAUAGUGUAAUCCAGCAGCAUGUCGCCAGGCGGCGGAGCGGCGCAGUCAUGAUUUUAUCCCGUAUUCCCUUCACAACACCGUUCUCUCACAGCGGAUUUUUCCGCGCCGGUAUCCUGCACGCCGUGGCCGGCGCGCUGGCCUCUUCCCUGCAAAUUGCCGUGUACGUGUGCGCGAUCCUCUACCGCGACGUAUACGGCGACGGCCACCUCUUCCUGCCGCUGCUCUCCCUGGGCCUGAUCGCCGGGCUAUCCUACACCAGCAGCGCCUUCCUCCUGCUGAAGACUAGCCGCCACCUCUCCCACUCGCCCUACACCGCCCUCCCGCGCGUCCACGUCCGCUGGCUGCAGUCCCUCCUUCUCGCCAACCUGCUGACCUCGGUGCUCCUCCUGGCCACUUCCGCCUACCUCCUCAUCCCGCUUUCCACCUACACCAAGGACUCCCCACCGACCACCACCGGCACUCCGGUGUCCAGCCCCCCCGAAGCCCCCCCGGAGACCGCCGCCCUCGGGGCGCUGCUGGUGCAUGCCGCGCUGGGAGGGCUGGCGCUGGGGGUCCUGGUGCUGAGUGGGAUCACGGUGCGGCGCUGUCCGCUGCCGCCCUUGCGGGUCGUCUUGACGUACGCGCCGACGGUGACGCCGGCGGGAUGGGAUAAUAAGGGGUUCGCGCGGGAGGACCCGCGGGAGCGGACCGUGUCCUGGGGCUCCGAGUUCUCCCGGGGCUCGUCGCGCGGCGGAUCCAUGCCGGGGGCCUACCAGCCGCGACCGGGCGUCACGACUUUCUAAUCCAAUGCACAGUUUGAAAGUGCUAUAUAAAUAUGUCAACGUCGAUUUCUGAUGCCUGAUAACUGCGAAUUUAUACGUCUUCCUGGAGUGCAAAUAUAUGUACCUAUACGCAAUGCACAUAUAAUGAUGUAGUAUCAUAUUGGAAGAUGUGGUGUGAAGACAGGAGAUGAUUAAA